UUAAAGUCGAUAUACGAUUUUUUAAAGAGCACAUUAUACAGAAAGAAUAAGGAAACAGACCUGUCAAACUGCGAGAUUGCAAAAAUGGGCUCAGGACAAAUCAAACUUACAACAGAUAGAACCAAGCUAUUCAUCGAAUCAAAGAUCACGCUUGAUAAUAUCGUGAAAGAUUCGACCGUAAAGGCUAAAGAUUUAAUGAUCCCUGCUCACCAGUUCAUAGGUAGGAACCUUUCUAUUCUUUAUUCCAUUUGCUUGGUAGCACCCAGCCUCUAUGUGGCUGUCAAAGAAGGUAUUACAGUCAUCCCAAAUUAUGUCAACCAUGUUAAAGACUUCAGAGGGGUAUUAGAGCUUCAAAAUAAGUAU